UGUAUAUGGGACAAAUUUCCCAUGCUGUCCAUAUUUUAAUUGGAAACCGAUUAUAUAAAGUACGGCGACUUUCGCAUGGUAACUUAUAUGAACAAGUCUCUUAAGAAAGGAUUGUUGAAUAGUUGAAUAUUCUGCUGAUCGCUUGUGUAACCUCGUAGGGGAAGUCCGUCCAAAUUUUCCAUAUUUAUUCAUAUUAUUUAUACUAUUAUUCAUAAUACUCGUCGUAUGAUUCAUUCCUUCAAAAAUUCUUCACUAUUCAACCUCGCCUUCCCCCGUCUUGUGUUUCGAUCGCUAGACGCAUCGUAACCCUACCUAGGUAACUACCUACGAAGACAACGUCCCCUUGUACCACUCUACGUCAAGUAUGAAUUACACGUUACUCUCUACCCGCUUGUCGCGAGGCAUAAGUGGCGUUGCUGUCGCAGGCGCCGGCGCCGGCCUGUACUACACGUAUAUGAGAAGUGUCGUUCACGCGGACUCGGGUGCGUCAAAGCGUGCCUUCGGUAGUGGCCCGGCUUUCUUAUCCCUCGAACUUGAAAGCACCGAGACCGUAAACCACAACACGAAACGGUUGCGUUUUAAGUUGCCCGAACCAGAUUCCAUCAGUGGCUUGACACUAACAUCCGCUCUCUUGACAUUUUCUUGGCCCAAAGGUAGCACAUUUCCUGUCUUGCGACCUUACACACCAGUAAAUUCUCUAGAUGAGCCUGGCGCUAUAGAGCUCCUGGUAAAACGAUAUCCGACCGGGAAGCAAAGCACGCACAUUCACUCUUUGCAACCUGGAGAUUCACUGCGGUUCGUAACCUGCUUGCCGGGGUAUAAUUGGCAGCCGAAUAAGCAUUCGGAGAUUAUGCUCAUCGCCGGAGGAGCCGGUAUCACUCCUGCUUACCAACUUAUCCGGGGCAUUUUGCAAAACCCGGACGACCACACCAAGAUCACGCUUGUAUUCGGAGUCAAUACGGACGCCGACUUACUCUUGAGGAAAGAAUUCGACGAUUACAAGACUCGCUUCCCAAGUCGCUUCCAGGCAGUCUAUACGGUCAGCCAGCCUGUGGACGGCUCGCCAUUCCGAAAGGGGUAUGUUUCUAAAGAUUUGCUAAAGGAGAUAUCACCAAGUGCAGAAGACUGCAAAAUAUUCGUGUGCGGACCGCCGCCGAUGGAGGAGUCUCUUGUAGGGAGCAAGCGGAAGCCGGGGAUAUUAGAAGAACUCGGAUAUCGGAAAGACCAAAUUCAUAGGUUCUAGGCCGGUUGACUAAUUCGAUACAUUACCUUAUCUCGUGAAGAGAGAGGUUAAUCAACAUUAGGUUAUUUAGAAAAACAUAAUUUUAUAUCCAAAGAAUCGCUCUCUACAUAGCCAAGGUGAUAAGACUUAUCUUGGAGUCAAACUAGAGCUUAUUGGAAGCAGUUUCGUGUAAAAGGAAAAUUAUACCUAUAUUCCUAUGUUUGAUUCA